GGUCCACCGGGAACAGCUCGGACUGUCCAACAACCUGACAGCAGCUUUCAGGGGAAAGAUGGCGACCCGAGUCCUUCAGAGAGUGGGCAGAGGCUUUAAAGAGACGAGAAAUGGGCUCCAGGUCACGGUUGUCGUCAGGAGCCUCUCAGCUUUCCGUGAAGACAGCUGGUUCAAGUCUCUGUUUGUUAGAAAGGUAGACCCCCGAAAAGACGCUCACUCUCAUCUACUCGCCAAGAAGGAAGACAACAACCUGUACAAAAUACAGUUUCAUAAUGUCAAGCCCGAGUGCCUUGAUGCUUACAAUGAACUUUGUGAGGGGGUCUUGCCUUCCAUUCACGCUGACCCCGAAUACCCUUGUGAGCUUGUGGGCACCUGGAACACGUGGUACGGGGAGCAGGAUCAAGCAGUUCACCUGUGGAGAUAUCGGGGAGGAUACCCGGCUCUCACCGAAGUCAUGAACAAACUCAGACAGAAUAAGGAGUUUAUGAACUACAGGAACGAGAGGGGGAAGAUGCUGCUGUCUCGUAGGAACCAGCUUCUGCUGGAGUUCAGUUUCUGGAACGAACCCGUCCCUCGUCCUGGACCCAACAUCUAUGAGCUCCGAUCGUACCAACUCAGGCCAGGGACGAUGAUCGAGUGGGGAAAUUACUGGGCGCGUGCUAUUGAGAUUCGCCAGCAGAACCAAGAGUCAGUGGGAGGAUUUUUCUCCCAGAUUGGAAGUCUGUACACGGUUCACCACUUAUGGGCUUACAAAGACCUUCAGUCCAGAGAAAACAUUAGAAAUGCAGCCUGGCAGCGUGAUGGCUGGGACCAGAUUGUUUAUUACACUGUCCCUCUUAUUCAGCACAUGGAAUCUAGAAUAAUGAUUCCCAUGAAGACUUCGCCCUUGAAGUAACCACAAACACCGAGGGGGAGCCUCUUAACAGCCACCGCAACCAUCACACUGAUCUGUAGAGAGUGUUACCAACCCUCAGAGUGUCCACUGCCAUGAAUAUCUGGAUAACAGCAACAUCGUGUUCCAGUUUCUGUUUUUUUUGUUUUGUUUCUUUACUCCGGUUUUCUGUGUGGGCCUAGAAUGUCUUAUUUCAGAUAAUGAGGUUAAAAUGAUUCAUCACCAAACUGUAUCUGUUACAGCAGACUGUGUUACUGAUCCAUUAAUGCGCCGUGUGUAGACGAAAUAUAAUUUAAAACUCCUCCUCUUCACUCUCCAUGAUUUAAAGGGUCAGAUUAAAAAUGGCGUCUUAUUUUUAAUGACGAGAUAAAAACUGCUUUCAUUGGCAUCACAAGUGUUCAGAUAUGAAGAGAGGUUAAUCAAACAUUUAAUAGUUCUAGUGCUGGUCACAGGCUGAAAAUGUCUUUUCAUAAAAAUGUGUUUCAAAAGAAAAGUUCUUGUGACUCGUAAGCCCUGUUAUACUAGCACUGAUAACUAAUCAAACAAAAAACAACUGCUUCCAGGGUCUGACAACAAAAACACGCCGUCCAGAGCUCACAGUUCACUACUAAUAUGAACUGGAAAAGCUUUAAAUGUUACAGAUGAUGGUUAGUUUUAGAGGAGCAUGCUGUUUACAAAUCAGAGAUAGCGGCCUGUGUUGUAGAGCGGACUCUAGCUUUAUGUUCAGUAGAAGUUCACCAGGUACACACUCCAACAGAAAAUGUGACUUUAUGUUUACAUGGCUUUGAUCCAGCCAGCCGGUUAUGGUUUAUACCAGUAAUUCGUUUCAAGAUGAGUGACAUGGAUGGAUGAAAAGAUUCAUAAUGACACUGUUAUGAAGACACACAAAAAUUGAAGUUCACAAGAGUGUCGGACUUGUCAGAACAGCAAGCUAGACUUUGAUUUAGAACACAGUCUUUUUUUUAAUUCUGUCCUGGAUUCAUGAAUGUAGUGUCCGGUUCUUGCUGUGAAGAUGUGCUGAAUGUCCUGAAGGAGUCAUGUCUCCUCUUUUAAACUGACCACAAACUCCAGAUUAUUUUCUAAUUUAGACAUCAUGACACUUCUGGUUCUUCAAGCUGUGAGGAGGGGGACAAGUUGAUUCAAAUGAUUAGAAGUUAUUGUUGAUUGUUGACAACUAAUCAGUAUCUACACACUGCUGUACAACGACUGGUUUAGCCUAUCCCUCUAUCGAGCAAUUAAUGCCAACCAGGUGAUUGUGUGCUAUAACUGAGAUAAAUAGGGUUUUCUUUUUUUUCUUUAAUGGUCAGAUUGUAGAUAUACAUAGUGGGGCUUAUUGACCGAGCAGGAGAUAUGGUCAAUCCUGUGUCUGUAAAUGAAGUGGGGUACUCCUAACUAUUUUAUGUGGAUAAAUAAGUGGACAGGAGGAGGAGUAAUUUCUCAAUGUGGUAAAUGCGAAUUGCAGUGCUUUAAUAAAACUAGUUGUACAGAUUAAAUUAAACUUCUGAUGAAAAUGGGAAACAGA